UUCCCUCCUGAAAACGCAUGGGGCGAGGUGACGAUGAAAGUGGAGGGCACAGGGCGCCUCCUUCUACAGAUGGACGUAGAAGUUAAUGUAGAGCAUAAAAAUUUACAAAAGACCCCCAGAAACCCAGUGAACGCUGAAGAACUCAUGUCCAGUUUCGAAGUCGUGUGUGAGCCACGGUACGCUGGAAGAAACAGCUCAAUAAUGAUCAUGACCGUCUGUGGUCGCUGGGUCGGGGACAUGAGUUUUUAG